AUGUCGAUCAAGCAGUGGGUGACACCUCUUGAGGGUCUCGACAGUCUUCGCCAGACCGAGGCGCCAAUGCCAACACCUGGACCAGGCCAGGUUUUAGUGGAGGUCCAUGCCGUUUCCCUGAACUACCGGGACGUGGAAGUCACCGAGGGGGAAUAUAAGCAUCAUAAAACCGCGGAGCAGAAUGCAACCAUCGUGCCUUGCUCAGACAUGUGCGGUGUGGUGAUUCAAGUUGGAUCCGACGUUUCACAAUGGGCUGUAGGUGAUCGGGUUCUCUCAACCUUUCUCUCCGAGCAUCAGACGGGGCAGGUGACGGAGAAAAUGCUGGCGGGUAGCAUCGGUCUACCGCUAGAUGGCGUUCUGACAACUCACCGAGUCUUCCCCGCCCACGGGCUCGUCCCAGCUCCCAGCUAUAUGUCGGAUGAAGAGGCAUCCACGCUACCAAUUGCCGCAGUCACUGCUUGGAUGUCCAUCAAUGGAAUGCGACCGAUGGGACAGAGUGGUGGAAAAGAUGAGUAUAUCCUACUCCAGGGUACUGGUGGUGUAGCUAUUUCAGGACUGCAGAUUGCAAAGGCAGCAGGUGCCAAGGCCGUCAUAAUCUCCUCCUCCGAUGCCAAACUUGACCAGGCCAAACAGCUCGGGGCUGAUUACACCAUCAACUACCGCAACAACCCUCAUUGGGAAACCGAGGUGAUGGAAUGGACCGGAAAUCACGGUGCCGAUAUCAUCCUUGAAACCGGUGGCGCCCAGACUUUGAGGAAAAGCUUCGACUGUAUCGCCUUUGGCGGCUUGAUUGACUGCAUCGGCUAUGUCUCGGGCAAGGUUGACGCCGCAGAUGACCGACUGAACGUCAACCUGUUGGCACUGCGCCGUACAGUCACCCUUAAGGGCAUUAUCAACGGCCCCAAAGAUCGAUUUGAAGAAAUGAUUCGAUUUUACGAGACACAUCAGAUCCAUCCAGUGGUGAACCGCGUGUUUGCCUUUGCCGAAGCUAAGGAGGCCUUCCAGUUUCUGCAAAGCGGCAGCCACUUUGGAAAGGUGGUGAUCCGAGUCAAGUCGUAA